AAGAGUACGUUUAAUCCUAUGAGAGAAAACAAUUCCCAUUCUCCCUUUCGCUCUCACUUGUAACAGCUGCUUUACAAAUUUGACAGAUUAAGAUUCAUGUAUUCGUUCGUCGGUGUUUUUUAUGUUUUGUUGUUUGCGAGAAAACAGGCAGAUACUUACAACAACAAUUAAAAGUUAAAUAUACAAAACAGAACAAUUAUAAAUAAAUUCAGUGGGCUAAUUUCACUUCUUCAAAGGCCGCUAUGGAAAGCCCUAAAAAUCGCUAUAUUCUUGGUGAUUGCCGGCCCGAAAAUAUGUGUCGAUUUUGUGGGUGUGAGGAUAAGGAAAAUGUGAAUAUUUUCUUAGCGAAGAAAACCCCAUCGCCAACCUCCUCCCAGUCGGAAAAAACAGGAAUAGAUGAUUUACUAAGUAAAAUAUCAACAGUUUAUCCAUUUGUGCUAUACGAAAAUGAUCCACUGCCACAGCAUAUAUGCCCCAAAUGCGUAGAAAAUGUAUAUUCAUUGUAUCGAGACAUACAGGAAGUGCUGAGACAUCAAAAGAAACUAUUGAAUAUGCUAAGAACCGAGGAGCCACAACAUGAAUAUUUUCGUAUUUUAAAUGAAAUUGAGAAUUCUUCAAGGUCAACAAAACUAUUUAUAAAAGCUUCCUAUAGUGUUGACAUCAAUCAAAAUACCCCCAUAAAGAUGUUGACAUUUCCCUCCAGUGGAGAUAUUAUAUCCGAUGAAAGUUCAAUUCUUAAAAGCAACGAUAAAAUUAAAUUACCACCUAAUGAAAAACUGGUACAAAAUAUUCAAACAAAAUUAGAACUUAAUGGAUGCACAAUUAAACGUGUUAAAAUAUCACAAAAUGAAACUAGAUUACAUCCAUCGAUUGAUUCAGCUGAUGACGUCGUCGCCGACGUCGAUUGUCCGUAUUGUGAAAGGAAAUUUGUUAGCGAAAAGCAAUUGGCAGAACAUCAGGUCGAACAUUUAAAUAUAUCCAGCUAUAAACUAUUUGAAAAACGACAGUUGCCGAAACAUUUGAGACGUGGACGUCUCAUUUGUGUGAAUAACGAAAAGAAUAUUCGUUGCCUGAAUUGUUGGCAAGUGUUCAAGGACAAUAAAAGUAUUUUACAACAUUGGUCGAACAGUGAUUGCUAUUACUAUUGUUUCAUAUGCGGCAAAGAGUUUCCACAUUCACCGAAAGUUUUACGAGAACAUAUGCCCUCGGCACAUGGUAUUAGUUUUCGCUCAAUUAUGAAACAAUUCUAUCUUAAUCGAGUUGCACCUACCACAAAACUCUCUUCAUUAAGUCAAACGUCAUCACAAUUGAAAUUGCCACAGCUUGUAAUGAGUAGCAAUUCCAUGUUGGUUCGUGCAAAUCCUAUUCCACGCAAAAAGAAACGAUAUUACUACAAAGAUGGCAAGAGCUCCACGAAAAAUCCCGAUGGCUCUUUCUCUUGUAACAUUUGUCAUAAAGUCUUUUCAAACUACCGAUCCAGCAAUUCUCACAUGCGCAUUCACAACAUACCGGACCUAUACGCCAGACGAGUAACUAGCAAAAACUGUGAUGAAUUAUUAUUACCAGAUUUCCCGCAAACAUCGAAUAGUAUAAAGAAACUCACACCUCCACCGGUGCCCCUAUCAUUUAGAACUGCUCAACCUAGCCCUAUGUAUCCAUCCUCAAGGCCGUCUUAUAAAGAAUUCAGCCACAAUAUGAUUGUCCCCAGUAUUCCCACUAAGCAUUCAAAUUUCAUGGGCAACAAUUCCAGUUCUUCAUGGAAAAAUAUGGGACAUCACCCUCCUCAAAGGGCCAGAUACGAAACUGAUGAUUCGGAAUUAUUAUUCCCCACACUUAAAGAAGACUUGGAAUGUUUACAGGCAACUGUAAAAUCCGAACCUAUUGACGAUAUAAACGCACCAUCGGAAUUCAGUAAUCAAUGGAAAUGUUUUAUUUGCCACGAGACAUUUGGUACAUCGAAAGAGUAUAAUAUGCAUGCUAUGUUUGUUCAUAAUAUAAGUGAAUAGAUUUUAAGAUAUAAAAGUAUUUUCUUUUAAUUUUCAAAAAAAAGGCGAAUUUUAUUUAUAUGUACUUAAAUAUAUGAAUU